AUGGCUAAAGUAAACGUUGGUGUUGUUGGCUUUGGAUUCUCGUCCCGUACUUUCCACUGCCCUCUUAUUGUCUCCUCGCCUCACUUGCAGUUGACGGCUGUCGUUGAGCGCCACAACAACAAGAGCAAAGAAGUUUAUCCUUGGGUCACCGUUGCCAAGAGCACUGACGAGUUGUUUGCCAUGGAUAAUGUCGAUAUGGUAGUCAUCACCACUCCCAAUGAUUCUCACUUUUCACUCGCCAAGGAAGCUAUGGAAAAGGGCAAGCAUGUUGUUGUUGAGAAGCCCUUCACCGUUACUUCCGAGGAAGCAAGUGAGUUGGUUAAGAUCUCGGAGAAGACCAACAAGAUUUGCAGCGUAUACCAAAACCGUCGAUGGGAUGGUGACUUUUUGACCGUAAAGAAAUUGUUGGCUGGUGGCCAGUUGGGUCGUCUUGUCGAAUUCGAGUCUCACUUUGACCGCUUCCGUAACUUUGUCAAGCCCGGAUGGCGUGAAAAGGAUGAUCAACCAGGCUCUGGUAUGUUGUACGAUUUGGGAGCUCACUUGAUUGAUCAAGCUUUAUCCGUUUUCGGUUUGCCCAAGAGCAUUUAUGCUACUAUCAGCAAUCAACGACAAUUGGCUGAAUCCAAUGUUGUGGAUGAUUUCACUAUUAUUCUCAAGUACGCUGAUGGAUUCAGUGCCCUUUUGCGAUCAAGCAUGCUUGCACGUCAAAGCCCUGUGUUGCGUUUCUCGUUGCGUGGUAUGAAUGGUAGCUUUGUCAAGCACUAUUUGGAUGUACAAGAGGAUCAGCUUAAGGCUGGUUUGUUGCCUAGCAGUGCUGGCUACGGUGUUGAAUCCCAAGAUCGAUGGGGUAUUAUCAAUUCGGACAUCAAUGGUUUGCAUAUUACUGGCAAUGUGGAGACCCUUCAAGGUGAUUAUUUGAGCUUCUACAACAAUGUCGGAGAGGCCAUCCUCAAGAAUGAUCGUGACCAUUUGGCUGUUAAGCCUGAACAUGGUGUCAACUGCAUUCGUCUUAUUGAAUUAGCUCAAAAGAGCAGUGAUGAAGGCCGUGCUAUUGAGCUGUAA